CCUCCCUCUCCUUGCCUCUCUUGAUCUCUGCUUCCUCGUCUCCUCUUUCCCUCAUCUUUCCUCCGACCAUCUCGGCCUCCUCGAGGAUCCUCCUCCUCAUCUUCAUCGCGAUCGCUCCUUUCCACCGAUUACUCACGGCAUCUCCUCUUCUCCUUCCCCCUCGCCCUAUCCUGGUAAAUGAACUCCUUAAGGUGCCCCUCCCGAAUAAGGCGCUCGAUUUCGUCUUUGAGAUGCCGACAAUCCUCGAUGGUAUGACCAUAGUCUUUUUGGAAACGGCA